AUGGCCACAAGAAAGAGCUCCGUUGGCAACAAAGGUGUUGUCGAUACUCAAGCUGAUGCUGCUUUGGCGAAAAUGGGAUACUCUGCCGAAUUGCCUCGAACCUUGAGCAUGACGAGUAUCCUUGGACUCUCAUUUGCAAUCAUGGCCGUACCUUUUGGACUUAGUACGACUAUGUAUAUCACUCUAACCGACGGACAAUCUGUCACUAUCCUUUGGGGCUGGGUCAUUGUCUCAUUGAUCUCCCUCUGUAUCGCCGCAUCCUUGGCUGAGAUUUGCGCCGUGUAUCCUACUGCUGGAGGUGUUUAUUACUGGAGUGCCAUGCUUGCUACCAAAGAAUGGGCCCCUAUUGCAUCCUGGAUUACUGGUUGGCUGACUCUGGUCGGCAACUGGACUGUCACGACCAGCAUUAACUUCUCGGGUGCGCAACUCAUUCUAUCGGCCAUAACUCUAUGGAACGAAGACUUUGUGGCAAAUCAAUAUCAGACCGUGCUCAUGUUCUGGGCCGUAAUGCUGAUAUGUAUGUGUGUUAACAUUUUUGGAGCAAGAUAUCUGGACCUUAUCAACAAGAUCUGUAUCUACUGGACUGCGGCGAGUGUGAUUAUCAUUAUGAUAACACUUCUAACAAUGGCCGAUACCCGGAGAAGCGGAAAGUUUGUUUUCACUCAUUACGAUGCUUCUAAGAGCGGAUGGCCUCCCGGGUGGGCGUUCUUCGUAGGACUACUGCAAGCGGGCUAUACUCUUACUGGAUAUGGAAUGGUCUGCUCCAUGUGCGAAGACGUUCAAAACCCGCAACGAGAAGUCCCGAAGGCCAUCGUACUUUCGGUCGCCGCUGCUGGUGUGACAGGAGUUAUAUAUCUCAUUCCAAUUCUGUUCGUACUGCCCGAUGUUCAGAUGCUCCUUGAUGUGGCCAAUGGUCAGCCAAUCGGUUUGCUUUUCAAGACUGUGACUGGAUCUGCCGCAGGUGGUUUCGGUCUUCUCUUCCUCAUUCUUGGUAUCCUCUUCUUUGCUGGAACUGGUGCUCUUACGGCGGCUUCACGAUGCACUUAUGCUUUUGCUAGAGAUGGAGCCAUUCCUGGAUACGGCCUCUGGAAGCGGGUCGACAAACGUUUCGAUAUCCCACUUUGGGGUCUCGUGCUUUCGACCGUAGUAGACUGUCUCCUGGGACUCAUAUACUUUGGCUCUUCGGCCGCGUUCAAUUCGUUCACCGGUGUUGCAACUAUUUGCCUAAGUACUUCCUACGGUCUUCCAAUUCUAGUGAGCAUUAUACGAGGGCGCAAGGCAGUCAAGAAUUCUACAUUCUCGUUGGGCAAGUUCGGUUUCGCUAUCAAUGUUUUCACUCUAUGCUGGAUCAGUCUUGCCAUCGUGUUGUUUUGCAUGCCAGUCAGUCUCCCAGUUGAAGCGGCAACUAUGAAUUAUGCAAGCGUUGUAUUCGCUGGCUUUGCAGCUAUCUCAAUGGCUUGGUACUUCAUCCAUGGCCGAAAAUCGUUUGAUGGGCCACCGGUCCCGAUAGAUGUAGAUCCAAGCGAGAUAGCAGUGGUAAAAGGUAUGACGCCUGUGCAGAGUAGCGGCGAGCACGACCCUAUCAAAACAGCGUGA